UUAGGGGCUUACAGAAAGCAGUUACCCAGCCGCAGCACUUGUGGUCGUGACCGAAAAACUAGCGCUGAACUUCGCCCAGUACCGUACUCAAGAGCGCUUAUUGGUCUCCGAAAAACUACGGUAUUGGGCCAGAGUUUAGAGUCGUAUCUCUUGGCCAUAAAUAUAUCAUCUAAUAUGAAGAAAUGCGUAGGCAAUGACGUGGCUGCUCUUUGCGUAUUGCCGAAUGAAAUUGUUGUACCUCUUGCGCCCAACGUUGACGUCACAAAACUCUUCUUCCCAGAACCAGAUGGUGUUAUUCGCCUAAAAAUCGUCGAAGCGAAGAAUUUGGAAAAUCGAGACAUUUCAUUCAUUCGCAAAGGCAAGAGUGACCCAUACUGUGAGAUUCAAGUUGGCUCCCAAUUCCUGAAAACUAAGACCAUCGACAAUGAUCUCAACCCUGUAUGGAAUGAAUAUUUCGAAGCUGUUGUAGAUCAGGCACACGGCCAGAAAUUGCGCAUUGAAGUGUUUGACGAAGAUCAAGGACAAGAUGAAGAGCUUGGCAGAUUGAGUAUCGAACUGAAAGAUAUUCAGACCAAAGGAAGCAUCGAUACUUGGCUUCCACUAGAGGCUUGCAAGCAUGGUGAUCUCCAUCUAAAAGCUACUUGGAUGAAUCUGUCAAAGGAAAAACGUCAUCUCGAAAAGCAAGAGUGGGAAAGCGAAUGGUUGCAAGCUGACAAACCCAUUCAUCCAGCGCUUCUGAUGGUGUAUGUGGAUUCGGUUUCUGAUUUGCCGUACCCAAAAGCAAAACUGGAACCAUCGCCAUUCAUUGAGGUAACACUCGGAAAGAAUAGUCAACGCACACCUGUCAAGGUAAAAACCGUAAAUCCCCUUUACCAGUCCAAGUUCCUCUUCUUUGUUAGACAUCCGGAAGGACAAGAGCUGAAGUUUGAGGCCAUUGAUGAUGGUACACGCAAAACGCUUGGAUCUCUGACUAUUCCACUGACCCAACUAAUCAAGGAACCCCAGCUG